UUCUCCUGGCGGACGCGCGCACGAGGGGAGGACGGCGGUGCACGGCGGUGCACGGCGGUGCGGGCGCGCUGAGACGUGACGACGAGGAUGAGGAUGAGAGGAGAUGAGACAUGAGAGAGUGAGACGUCACUGAGAUGGAGGUCGCCUUGGUCAGCUUUGAGAACGGAGGCGCCAACAAUGGAGAGCAGCUGGACUUGGUCCAGUCCGGACUGGUGGAGGACUUUAGCAAAGAACUGAACACACGCGGCGGCGGCGUUGGCGGUGGCGGCGGCGGGGGGAGUCCCGCUCCCGCUCCUCCUCCCCAUCCUCCUCCUCCCCAUCCUCCUCAGGGAGCGUGGAGGAUCAACGACAUGAACAGCACGCUGAGCUGCAGCGAGAACACCAUGGACGCGCUGCUGCGCGCCGACCACAGUCCACAUCUGUUCGACGACGAGCUGCUGGACCUGGACCUGGAGUCGGACAGCAACGAGCGGGUGCUCAUCAACAUCGCCGGCCUGAGGUACGAGACCCAGCUGGGCACCCUGAACCAGUUCCCGGACACCCUGCUGGGCGACCCGGCCAAGCGGAUCAAGUACUUCGACCCCCUGCGCAACGAGUACUUCUUCGACCGCAACCGGCCCAGCUUCGACGGCAUCCUGUACUUCUACCAGUCGGGCGGCAAGAUCCGGCGGCCCGUCAACGUGUCCAUCGACGUGUUCGCCGACGAGAUCCGCUUCUACCAGCUGGGCGAGGAGGCCAUGGAGCGCUUCCGGGAGGACGAGGGCUUCAUCAAGGAGGAGGAGAAGCCGCUGCCCCAGAACGAGUUCCAGAAGCAGGUGUGGCUGAUCUUCGAGUACCCGGAGAGCUCCAGCCCGGCGCGCGGCAUCGCCAUCGUGUCCGUCAUCGUCAUCACCAUCUCCAUCAUCACCUUCUGCCUGGAGACGCUGCCGGAGUUCCGCGACGAGCGCGAGCUCCCGGCCACGAGCCGGCCGGACAACGGCACGGCCGUGCGGCCCUCGCUCACCUUCAGCGACCCCUUCUUCAUCAUCGAGACCACCUGCGUCAUCUGGUUCACCUUUGAGCUCUUCGUGCGCUUCUUCGCCUGCCCCAGCAAGUCGGAGUUCUCCAAGACCAUCAUGAACAUCAUCGACAUCAUGUCCAUCAUGCCCUACUUCAUCACGCUGGGCACCGAGCUGGCCGAGCAGGGCCAGGAGCACCAGAACGGCCAGCAGGCCAUGUCGCUGGCCAUCCUGCGCGUCAUCCGCCUGGUGCGCGUCUUCCGCAUCUUCAAGCUGUCCCGCCACUCCAAGGGCCUGCAGAUCCUGGGCCAGACCCUCAAGGCCAGCAUGCGCGAGCUGGGCCUGCUCAUCUUCUUCCUCUUCAUCGGCGUCAUCCUCUUCUCCAGCGCCGUCUACUUCGCCGAGGCCGACGAGCCCGAGUCGCACUUCUCCAGCAUCCCGGACGCCUUCUGGUGGGCCGUGGUUACCAUGACGACGGUGGGCUACGGCGACAUGAGGCCGGUGACGGUGGGCGGCAAGAUCGUGGGCUCGCUGUGCGCCAUCGCCGGCGUGCUGACCAUCGCCCUGCCCGUGCCCGUCAUCGUGUCCAACUUCAACUACUUCUACCACCGCGAGACCGACCAGGACCAGUCCUCCCUCAAGGACGAGCCCGCCUCCCCCGAGCUCAAGCACGACCAGGACUCGGCGGGGGGGCCGGAGAAGAGCGACGUGAAGGCCAACAGCACCUUGGACCUGAAAACCUCCCUGUACGCCUUCUGCCUGGACACGCGGGAAACGGACCUGUAGGGUCGGGGCGCCCGCCACCUGUACAUAUCGCCGCCGGGGCCGGCCCGGCGCGUCUCUCCUCUCAGGUUCCGUCCCAAAACCUCUCUUUCCCUCCGAGGACCGCCGCACGGACACAUGACUGCGAGCAGAGUGGCUGACCUCUGACCCUUCACCUGCUGCACGUCCCACCUACCCCCUCCCCCUCCCCCCUCGGACCUGUGUGCCUUGCAGCAAAGCAGCGGUUCCUUCUAGGUGGGGGAGGGGUCGCUGUGAAGAAAGACCACAUGACAAAGAAUCAUCUUCCUCACUUCUAUUUUUCUACCUGGGGAGGCCCCGCCCCCUUAAGCCAUAGCAAUCUCCCGUGUCCUCGUGCUCGCUGGCCUUUAGCGCCACGCCGACCGGGACUCGUGUGCAUGUUCUUCAUGCAUGUUUGGACCGCCUGUCCCUUUAAGAACCCCCCGACCCCCACCCCCCACUAAACACUUAAACACUGCCAAACGUCUGCAAAAGCCAAAAGUUUGUCUCGUGUUUGUUCUUUCAAAUGUUAUUUAUGCAGAAAAAGAUGGAAUAAACUUCAUGCAAUUCCCG